UUGGAAGCCUCAAAUGGCCAAACUACUGCAACCUCCGCCCAAGUUCCUGCCCUCGGAGUGGCACAUCGCUAACAAGAGCCAGUACCACAGAGCAGAGGCCCAAAGGUCCCGGUCCGAGCGCCUGGUGGCAGAAAGCCAGAGGCUUGUGGAUGAAAUUGAAAAGACCACAAGAAAAUCUCAAAGUGAUGUGAACAAGAAACUAGAACAGAGACUUGAGGAAGUCAGGUUCUGGAAGAAGGAGUUAGAUGACAAACUUGAGCAGCUUGUGUAUGCAACCGAAGAUCUGCUCAUAUAUCAGACCAGACUGGAGAAAGCCCUGGAGAGCCUGAAAGAGCCCUUGCACAUCACUCAGACGUGCCUGGAAUACAGGGAGAAGCGAGUUGGCAUUGACUUGGUGCAUGAUGAAGUGGAGCAGGAGCUGAUAAAGGAGGCUGAGAUCAUCCGGGGGGUGAUGGCCCUGCUGACCCGCACCUUGGAGGAGACGUCCGAGCAGAUCAGGCUGAACCGCUCUGCCAAGUACAAUCUUGAAAAGGAUUUGAGGGACAAGUUUGCGGCUCUGACCAUCGAUGACAUCUGCUUCUCACUCAACAACAACUCGCCGAACAUCAGAUAUGCUGAGAACGUCGUGAGGAUUGAACCAAACUCUGUGAGUCUGGAAGACUGGCUGGACUUCUCCAACGCCAAUGUGGAGAAGGCUGACAAGCAGAGGAACAACUCCCUGAUGCUGAAGGCCCUGGUGGACCGAGUCCUGUCCCAGACGGCCAGUGACCUGCGCAAGCAAUGUGAUGUGGUGGACACUGCGUUCAGGAAUGGGCUGAAGGAGACCAAGGAUGCCAGGGACAAGCUGGCUGAUCAUCUGGCCAAGGUCAUGGAAGAGAUUGCUUCCCAGGAGAAAAAUGUUACAGUUCUUGAGAAAGCCAUCCUUGACCAAGAAGGGCCUGCCAAGGUGGCUCAUACACGCCUGGAGACCAGGACACGUCGGCCUAACGUGGAGCUGUGUCGCGACGUGGCGCAGUAUCGGCUGAUGAAGGAGGUUCAGGAGAUCACCCACAACGUGGCAAGAUUAAAGGAAACAUUAGCCCAAGCUCAGGUCGAGCUGAAGGGGCUGAAUCGCAGACAACUCGCCCUGCAGGAGGAGAUCCAGGUCAAAGAGAACACCAUCUACAUCGACGAAGUGCUGUGUAUGCACCUGCGGAGGUCCAUCCCGCUGCGGGACGGGGAUGACCAUGGGGAGUGGGCUGGGGGCCUCCGUCCGGAUGCUGUCUGCUAAAUGUAUGGAGAGCUCAGAUUCUCAUUAAAUCGCGUCGUGAAACAGUA